CUGUUCUCUGUGUUGGCAGGUGAAGGGCGGAUGCCCGAGGCAGGGGGGCCGCAGGGAGCACCCGUGGCAGCGGCACUGGCGGCAGGCCUUCCAGCCGCACUUAGCAGCAUCGCCACAGCAACCGGGGACCAGACGGCCGCAGCCUAGGCAGAGGCGAGUGGGCAGAGGCGAGUGGACGGCUUCCCAUCAUCGGGAGGACGGGGAAUGACUGCCACGAAUCAGGCCUGGCCGCAGCCCGGGGAGGGGGUGUGUCACUAGAGGGCGGGCUCGGCCACCCCCUGCAGCAGGAGCGCCAUGCUGGCUGCAGAAGAGGCGCUGGGGCAGGGGCUGCAGUGGGGCCCGACCUUGCCCCACCACCCGCACUGAGUGCAAAAGGGCAGCCGGGCUCCCUCUGCCAGACUCGCCGCCCGCGAGUCUCAGCAUCCCUACUCUGUCAGGGCAGAGGGAGAGGUGCCCGUCCGUGCUCCCGCCUGGGCCUGCCGCUGCCAGACCAUGGGAUGUCGGCAAAGCUCGGAGGAGAAAGAGGCAGCGCGGCGGUCCCGGCGAAUUGACCGCCACCUGCGCUCAGAGAGCCAGCGGCAGCGCCGAGAAAUCAAGCUGCUCCUGCUGGGCACCAGCAACUCGGGCAAGAGCACCAUUGUGAAGCAGAUGAAGAUCAUCCACAGCGGUGGCUUCAACCUGGAGGCCUGCAAGGAGUACAAGCCACUCAUCAUCUACAACGCCAUCGACUCGCUGACCCGCAUCAUCCGAGCCCUGGCUGCCCUCAAGAUUGACUUCCACAACCCUGACCGCGCUUAUGAUGCUGUGCAGCUCUUCGCGCUGACCGGCCCCGCCGAGAGCAAGGGCGAGAUCACGCCCGAGCUACUGGGUGUCAUGCGGCGGCUGUGGGCUGAUCCUGGGGCUCAGGCCUGCUUCGGCCGCUCCAGUGAGUACCACCUGGAGGACAAUGCUGCCUACUAUCUGAACGACCUGGAACGCAUCGCUGCGCCCGACUACAUCCCCACCGUCGAGGACAUCCUGCGCUCCCGGGACAUGACCACGGGCAUCGUGGAGAACAAGUUCACCUUCAAGGAGCUCACCUUCAAGAUGGUGGACGUGGGUGGACAGAGGUCAGAGCGCAAAAAGUGGAUCCACUGCUUCGAGGGUGUCACGGCCAUCAUCUUCUGCGUGGAGCUUAGCGGCUACGACCUGAAGCUCUACGAGGACAACCAGACGCCUCCCAAGGCCCCACUGGCUCUAUCUAGAGUUUCUGGGGAGAUAAGAAAAACAGCUAAAGGAAGGGGCCCUGGGCAUCUGAGGGGACACCUAGGUUGGAGCAAAAGGUGCCCCUACUCCUGCACGUGGUCCGGACUGAACCAGUGUCCUCAGACCCAGAAGACAAGCUCAGACUGGCCCAGGAGCCUGGGAGGCUGGGCUGCAGCUCACCCCCAUCUUGUCUUCAUCACCCCCUGCUUGGCAUCUCCACUCAUGCACUUUCUCUAAUUUUAUUAAUAAAACUACAGUCAGCCAGAGACGCUGUGAAAGGAAAAUGAAAACCUCAGGUCCUGAGGUUCCUGGCGACACCAGCCCCAGGCCACACCCUGCACACCUCUUCUGCCCUUCGUUACCCUGGAAAGGCUGAGGGCACCUUGAUCCCCAGGCCAGCGUGGCCCGUAAGGCUGCACAGCCUCCCUUCAGCAGGGACAGGUGGAGCAGGGGAGUCUGUGACCUGCUCAAUAUUCCCCCAAAGCCAUAGCCUCUGGCUCCUGAGUCCCAGGCUCCAGGAAACUGGGUCUGGAGCUAAUUACCAUCUUCUAAGGAAACAAAACACUCUGGAACAGCUGACCAAGGCAACCUGUGGUUCUUGGGCAGUUUCCCGCCACUAAAGGGGGACAUCAGUGUCAUGGCCUCUAGUUCAGUGCCCUCUGCACUCCCAAGUACGCAGUCCCCUCUGGCUCUUCUCAGCCUCAUCUGCCGGAGGACAGGGCCUCUGGGGGUGAGGGGGAACAGCUUCUGGCCAGACAUGGCCCUUGGCCCUGCACAGCCUCAGCUUGGACGAGCUACUCUGGUCUCGGCUUCCUCAUCUAUAAAGUGGGAUGGGCCCUCAGCUCAAGGACAAAAGGACAUAGUCGCAACAAUACCAGAUAUUACCUGUGUCUGUGCAAGGCGCCCACAGCACCCAGAACUGUGGGGCUCAUGCUCUGAUAAAGGAGAGUGCUGAGCGUUAGAGCAUAGGCCCUUGGGGGCUGGGCGGGUCAGCGACCCUCUCCUGGGUCCCCACGGCCUGGUUCAGGUGGCUGGGAAGCCUGUAUGGGAACAGGAGUGCCCUCCUGCCAUUUCGUUUUCCUCUCACAGGAGACAGCCACGGGGUCUCCUGGACAAGCAAAUGGGCUGAGCCCAAGUACAGCAUGGGCCGCCCACCCACUCAAGGCCAGCCCACCACAGAACAGGCUGGGGCCAUGUGUGGCCCAAGCUGAUCCCAUUUCCCCAGUGUGGGCAGAAGGAAAGGCCCAUCCCCUCCUCAGCCUGUCCCUAGUGCCUCUGUCACCCUAUAAGACCUCCGUGGAGCCCACUGGCAUCUGUCUUACUCCCUAACCCCCAGUACUGCACCAGCCUCCUGAGGCCAGACUGCAAGUGCCCUUCAGGACAUGGCAUCACAGAGGCCAGAGGCCCCACUGAAUCAGAAUGGGAUGUUGCUGGUCAGGCCUAUCAUGCUCUCUUCUGAUGUCCAGACCUAGUGGGCUGGCCUUUUAUAGCCUUUUAUAGCCCCUUUUAUAGACCAGGGACCUGGCAUAGGAGUCUCAGAGCAAAGAUGCUGGCACACUGCCAGGCCUGGCACAAGAUGUUUCUACUAGGGGCAUCCCAGCCCCCAGCUGCAGUGGUACCUGGGUAGAUCUUUUCUGGACAGCAAAGAGCCCUUGGGGACCAGAGACCUAGCUGUCCUCCAGAGCUACAGGGGGCAUGGAUCAAGACACUAUGUGUGAUCCCAGGCUGGACUCAGAGAAAUCGAGACUAUGACCUACUGACUGGUCUGGCCUUUGGCACACCCUCCCCCCAAACCUUAUCCCUGCUCCCACCCAAUGCUCUGUCUGCAGGCACAGCUUCUGUGGCUCUGGCCCCUCUCCUAAGCUGUACAACCCAUUACCCCUAGUGAACACACAGGCGCAAGACCCAGAAAUGGCCCACCCAGCCUGUCUUACCACUCCGCCUUGCCUCAUCUGAGAGGCUCGGGUAGUGCCAGCCAGAGUGUGCACUGGGAGAGCACUGUCAACUGCUGAGAACCUAGCUGGACAUGGGUGUGUCAACGACAGUAACGUCCUGCACAAGCUACAUUCUUUCAUGUUUUAUUUUUCACAUUUCUGCUCACAACCUACUACUUAGAUUUUAUAGCCCACCCGUAGACUGCAGCGUAAAUUGUGGUCUUGAGUCCGAUCGUUGAUCACCAUCCAGAAAGUUUCAUCUCAGAGAGUGCUCAGAGGUGAGCCAGGCCCUUGGUUCUCGGUCUGGGCAGUCCCUGUGACUGAUGGGGGCUGGGAAGUGGCUGUGCUGUGUACACAUCAGCCUCUUGGCUACUGUUUACACAUUUUGUGACCAGGUCAUAAGCCAGGGACGGAGAAGUCAUUUUCUUUCCUAGAACAGCUGCUUAGGACCAUCAGGAAGACCUUGUCCUGGUGCUCCGAUCCCUCAUGAACUUCUGCCAGCUCCUCUAAAGGACCCGUUCUCAGCCCUAGUGGCCUGCCUGGCACCCGCCGGCCCACCACAUCCUGGGCACGAUAAAGUCAUCAGUCGCUGCCUCAGGCACAUGCAGUGUUGGGCCCUGGGCCAGGAGCAGCCGUUCCCAGGCUUAAGGCCUCUGUCGUGGCAAUGUCUGGGAGCCAUGGAGGGUCCCAGGGACCUGCACAUUUCCCAGAUCUCGUCCCAGUUGUGUGGCUGCACCAACGCACCCGUGGGCAUCCUUCCCGGGAGAGGCUCUGUUCCUUCGAUCAAAUUCUCAGUGGAGCCAAGACUCCGGAAGGGUGCACUUGCCCGGCACCCCCACUUCCUGCAGAGGGAGAAGCCAGGGCUAGGACAGUGAUGACCCAAAUAUUUUUUUUAAGGAUGAGCAUUUCUGAAAUCCCUCUUGUUAGCCACAGGCAGAGGGUCCCCACUGAGAUGUCUAACCCCGCCCCCAACCUUUCAUGUCCCUGCAGGAACUGGCCCUAGCCUACUGCCAGUGGUUUUAUCAGCUUUUGCUUAGAGGUGUGGCCGGGGGACGGGGGUGGCCAGGAGUGCAGGAGUGCAUGCCUUGCUGCGUAGUGUCAGACAAGAGUGUUAGGCUAGGGGGUUCGGGGGCGGGGGUUCUCUGGCGCUGAAACGGGAGGGGCUUCUUGCACUCUGGUUUCCUCUCGGUAACAGUGGCAGCCUCUAAGCCCCAGGCCAGGUCUUCAUCUGUGCUGGCAGCUUUUAGUCUGCCCGCAUCUGCCUCCUGCUGUUUGCUAAUUUCUCAUCAGUGACUGACAGCAGGGGGACUUGGAUCAAGCCAGCAAGAUUUAACACAAAAACAAAUAGAAAAGGGUUCUCAUUUCAUUUGAAGCAAAAAUGGACCGGGGCUUUAGAAAAGGCAUUCUUCCCUGAAAGACAGGGGGUGAGGUGUGCUGAAGCUAGAGCAGGCCAGGGGCCUGCUGGGUGGCCAGGGGUCACUUCCCUCUCUGGGCCUGGGUGUGAAAUUGAUCAGUACAUGGAAGCUCCAGACCCUUUGAGAGCAAAUGCUCUGAAAAGUGUUGCCCUGGCAAUUUGCUGCCCCAGAAAUGGGAGUCUUUGAGCCCACCUGAGUCACCCCCUCAAGUUGUAGAAGGCCCACCACUUAUGUCACAGCCCGGGGCUCUGACCAACACUCGUGGGGGCAGGAGUGAGGAGUGGCCUUUUCUGGCUCUAAGAUCCUGUAAGUUGUUGAUUCUGAGGUUCAGUGAGGACGGAAAGCAAGAAGAGUGAUACGUUUGGGGCGCCAGGCCUGCGCUGGGGAACGGCACGGCCGACGUGCAGGGCUUGGAGCGUGCCAGUGUUGUGGUUGGCCCGCUCCGACCCCCCAGGGGGACAGCGUGGUCAGAUAGGCAAAGCCCCCACCUGGGGAACAAGAACAUGCUGACUGCAGGGCCAUCUCCAGCUCACACUGGGGCCCUGGGUGGGGCCCUGAUCUAGUUUGUGGCCCCAGGGUUGUUGUGUGGCCUACCCGUGUCCAUCUGAGUUGCCUAAGUCCAGGCUGGCCUCUGGGCCCCCUCUUCCCUUGCUCAGCUCCUGAGGAGGUGGGGCCAUCCAUCUAACAGGCCCAGCGUGGGCUCAGCCCAGAGCAGCCGUGUAUUGUGGUUGGCCACAGACUAAAUGGAAGGGUGAGAGCUGGGUUGACCGCACUCGUAUUGUGGCGCUCUGGUUCUCAGGCCUGUGCCGAGCACUGUGGGUGAGGUGGCGGGACCCAGGCCACAGCCCUUUCUCUCGAGGGGCUGAUCUCCAGGUGGGAAAACGAGGGCUGGGCAGUGGAAGAAGGCUGGGCCGCUGGGCACUGUAUUAGGGUCCUGCACACACAACCCGUGAGACCCCCCAACACACAGAUGAGUAAACUCAGGCUCCAAGAACAAGUUGCCCUAGUGGCACAGCUGGUCUGUCACCCACGGGAGAGAGUUGGCUGUCCCCUGCCCAGGGUGCUGUGGGAGCUGGGAGCUGCCACUCUUGCUGUUACUUAGGGGCAUCCUAGCACCCUCCACACUGUACAGUGGAAAAACCAGGCAUCAGCAAACAGGCUGGCCCAGCAAGUGGGGGGAUCGGCAGAGGCGAGGCAGCCUGAGGCCAAACUGCUGCGUGAGGCAGGAAGUAGCCCUCUGCUGUUUCUGGCAGGUUCAAAACACAGGUUUCAGGCUAUUAGGGCCUGAGUUACAGCUUCACCGGCAGCCUGUUAUCUUGUUUAAACAGCCCUUGCUGUUUGAAGUGGCAGGCCCUGGCGGAUGCUGUUACUAUGAGCGUUACAAUUGUCACUGGAUGGGGGAGCAAGGGGACAGGCAAGUGGUGACUCUGACUUCUGGACUCAUUGGAACACACCCCCAUCCCAGAGAAGCCCCAUCUGUCACUGGCCUGAGGCCUGCAGGGCUAAUACUCUAAAAUGAGUUGUUCCGGAGCCUCCUGUCCAUGUUCCCUCCCUGCCCAGGAGUGGAGCAAGAGUCCCCUGGGGUGGGUAGAGGCUGGGAGAAGAGAUGGUGAGGGGAGAAGGGAGGGGCAGUGGCCCUUCUCCAACGCCCCUCUCUCAUCCCUGGGGGAAGGUUGAGGUGCCCAUGGAAACCUGAGGCCCAGGAGUGUCUAAUGGCACGAACUGUGCCACCCCUAGUUGCUAAUCUUUCCUGCCACUCGCUAAUCUCCCUUCUAGCAAGUCCUGUGGCCUCAGGGCUGUCUCUCUGCAGGUGGCAGGCAGCUGCGUGUGGGGGGUGGGGGAGUGGGACAAGCCGAAUGGCACGUCCUUUGCCACAGGGACACAGGAGUAGAGUCAGGUCCUGGGCUUCUGUACACAGAUCUCCCAGGGGUCAGUCACAAGGAGCAAAAAUAGGAAAACAACAUCCCAGGCUGCAUCCACCAGGACAUAGGAUCACAUAGUUUCUAGUCAUUUUAAAGCCAGCAGAGCACCUGCUUAUCCACCUCCUUUCCAGUCAGUGUUGCCAGAUUGAUCCACUGAAUGAUGGAGCUGAAGUGAGAGAGGACACAGGCCACCUGUCAGUGAAAGGCCAGGACAGCGCACGGCCUGCCACGGGGGAGGGAGGUCCAGCCCUGCUGUCCUCCAUGGUCGUCGCCAAAUGUUAGUCAUGGGAGGAGGAGGCCGGGGACGGGGGGGCUGCCCGCGGCCCACACCCCAUCCCUGUCAGACCUCCUGUGGGCCAGACUUGCCCAGGGUAGGUGUACCUGUCCGGGAGGGCGGGCAGAGAGGCACCCAUGCCUCCUCUCACCCCAGCCCCCGCGCACGCGGCUCCCACGCCAAAUGCCUACCACGCACCAUCUGGCCCUGCCUGCCGUAGCCCCGCGUUCGGCAGACCGCCCUGGCGGGGCACUGGAGAGAGCAGUCCCUGCGACAGACAGGCCACCAUGCUCACGGCAGACCAUGAGCAAUGACACGCGGGUCCAAGGGUGCUCAAAGUGUGCAGCAGAUUAACAGACAGGGUUAAGGUUGUGACCUG